CUAUCUGGUGGCACUCUGCACUGUCAUGGCGGUCCCAACCGGAGUGGAGGAUUUUGCAGAAGACCUGCGUUGUUCCAUCUGCCUGGAGCUCUUUCUGGAUCCUGUCAUGCUGGAAUGUGGGCACAAUUAUUGCCAAGCUUGCAUUACUCGCUUCUGGGCAGAGAUACCCGUCAAUGGUGGAGCAGACGUGCCACUUCCCACUUGCCCGGAGUGCCGGCGUGAGAUCCCAGAUGGCAAAUUCACAGCCAACCGGGUGCUGGGGCAGCUGGCAAGGAAGGCUAUGGAGUCCCUCUCUGCUCAUGCUAGUGAUGAGGAUGCCGAAACGGAGCAGAAUGAUGAGGAGCUGCAGGGGGACAGACUCUUUUGCAUCGACGACGGUUGUCUUGUGAGGUCAUUGCAACUGGAGCAUUGGGGACAUCCGUGUCUCCCUUUAGAGGAGGCUGUGGAGCACUACAAGGAGAUCUUAACAGCUUCUCAAGCAUUGCUGGAAACAAGAGUCCAAGCAGCAAGACUACUGCAGGAACAGAGUGCCCAGAAAAUCCCAGAAAUUACAGCUCAGCGGCUCCGAUUGGAGCAGCACCUCUCAGCCCAGUUCAUUGAGCUUCACCAGUGGCUCCAGGAGAAGGAGGCGGCCAUGAAGAGGACAAUCCGACACGAGGAGGAACUUCUGGUGAGCGAACUGGAAAGGAACCAGCGCAAUGGGCAAGAGCAAAUCUACAUGUCAGAGGAACACAUGGCUAAGAUCCAAACUCGGCUUGAGGAGCACCAAGACCCUGAAAUUUUCUUGAAGGACAUCAAAUUCUUCACAGAAAAGUAUUGUCUCGGUGAAGAAAAGUGGUCUACCUUGCCCACAGUUUCUCGUGGUUUCAACUUGGGCCAGUUCAAGGGCCCAAUUCAGUACAUGGUGUGGAAAGAAAUGCUGCCAGCUCUGAGGCCUUCUCCUUGCUUUAUAACCUUGGAUCCUGCCACCAAUCACCCCAACCUUGUGCUUUCCAAGGAUCUUGACACAGUACGUUUGGAGGACAAUCCUGAGGAGGAGGUCCCCGAUGGGCCAGAGAGGUUCAGCAAGUCUGUUUGCGUUCUGGGUGCCCAGGGGUUUACUUCAGGGCGCCAUUACUGGGAAGUCAAAGUGGGGGACAAAACCAGCUGGGACAUUGGUGUGGCUAAGGAAUCGGUCAACAGGAAGGAAGCCAAAGUGACGGUCAAGCCCAGUAAUGGAUUUUGGGCCAUCUGGUUGAGGAAUGGUAAUGAGUACAAGGCCUUAGACUCUCCAUCUAAACAGCUGUUUCCAAAGGCCAAGCCCCAGAAAGUGGGGGUCUACCUGGACUACGAAGGGGGACAGGUCUCCUUCUAUGAUGCUGACACCAUGGAACACAUCUUCACCUUCUUGGACAUUUUCACGGAAACCCUUUACCCAAUGUUCAGCCCAGGUGUCAACAAAAAUGGACUUAAUGGUGAACCCUUGUGUCUUCUGACUCCUCUGGUGUAGCAGGAACCAAGCAUUAACCAGCCUUGACUUUAAGUUGGGAACAGUUGAGAAGGGGCUUAAUUUAUGGCACAUUUCUGAAGUAAUGUAGUUCUAAAAGUCCCUUUCUAGAAAGACCCGACGGGCUCCUUCCUUGAUGACAUUCCAUCAGAAGCUGGAAACAUCUUUAUUGUAUAGGUGUUUGAGAACUAAUUGUUUAUAAGGAUAGGACUUGUGUAAAUACACACUAUUAAAUAUGCUGUACCAUUUUUUAUAAAUUAUCAAUUAUUUUUCAUUCUUCAGAUCAUUUAAUUAUAUUUUAACAAAAUAUUUUUAAUUUUUUACCCAGUUUUUAUUAUCUGUAGUGGUUUCCAUUUUUCUAUAAGCUGCCAUGUGUUACAGGCAAAGCAUACAUAGAUAAAGGAUGAAAAGACAGGGGGAAAAGGGGAAAAGAAGGACAAAGGGAACAAUCUUAUGGCAACUGGAUGGGAAGCAAUUAUGGAAGGAAAUAGAAUAGACAUGAAGUAACCAUUUGUGUUUUCAAGGCAGAAACAACUGCAGUUUUUAAAGACUUUAGGUUAUGAGGUGACACUGCCUUGCAAUGAGGUCUUGAGAAUGUCAGUUGCUCUUUUCCUAUCUGGUGUUUCUGAUAUUUGAAUAUGUAAAUAAACUGAA